CUGUCCUUAUCAUCUCCCAUCUCCCUCCCUCUCAGGUUCUUUCCCCAUCGAUCUCCAUUAGUUCACAGAACCUACGAACUCGCUUCUUAUCAAUUUUCUUCGUUACUACGAUUGAACUUCUGCGCGUCACGAUCAUCGCGUAGUGCCCAACCACCUAGCUGUUACGCGCCCCCUGUCGAAGACAAACACGACAGGCGCCACCGCAGGUUUUCGCGCCCAACGUCAGCGAAACACUCAUUAUUCAACCACGAGUCUCGCAUUUCUCUUCAAUCCUCUAUCUACCAACAAUGUCUGCCAAGCUCGACAAGUCGUUGGACGAGAUUCUCGUCAACCGUCGCCAGGGCGUGCGCAACCGCCGCCGCGCCACCCGGUCAAAGGCUGCAAAUGCCGCCGUGCCUGUUGGAGGAGUCAAGAAGACCACAAAGAAUGCUAAGCCUGCUGGAAAGGCCAUCCAGAAUGGACAUCCGGCUUCUGGCGAGAGCAAGAUCAUGGUCAGCGGCCUGCCUGCCGAUGUGAACGAGGCCAAUGUCAAGGAAUACUUCACCAAGUCUGCAGGUCCCGUCAAGCGAGUUAUGCUCACCUACAACCAAAACGGCACUAGCCGUGGUAUCGCAUCAAUCGUCUUCAGCAAACCCGACACAGCUGGAAAGGCGGCCAAGGACUUGAACGGACUUCUCGUGGAUGGACGACCGAUGAAGAUCGAAGUCAUCGUCGAUGCAUUGCACGCCCCUGCCGUGCCUGCUCCCAAGCCCCUUGGCGAUCGUGUAGCCCAAACCAAAGCUCAGCCGAAGCCCGCAACCACUGCGAAGACCCAAAAUGCCAAAGCAGGACGCGGUCGUCGUGCUCGCCGGGGCGGUGGUCGCGCCGCCGGUCGUCCUAAGACCAAGACCGCCGAAGAAUUAGAUGCUGAGAUGGUUGAUUACUUCAAUACCGGAAACGAGAAUGGCGCUGCGCCGGAAGCCAAUGCCGCAGCAGGCGCCGCCCCCCAGCAACCCGCUGCCGGAGAGGAUCUCGGAAUGGCUGAGAUUUCGUAAAUACACACUCCGGCUUGGAUCCAUAACUGCUUCGUUUAUUCGCGCGCGCUCCAGAGCAACCUUCGGAACCCUUUACUCCCUAAUAUGAUUAUCUUCCUUCCAUAUGUUUUUCUAUACUCUCUUCGAUGAACUUGUUAUUGCAUUGAUAUUCCUCGUCGUUACUUCGAUUAUCUCUGGGGUCAAUCAAGACCGCGUGUAUGUUACAAGCAAAUGAAUAUUACAUGAGCAACCGUCCAAAUCUCAGUAGAAACUUGGGUUAAUCGUAGCAAAAGCUACGCAAAGAUCAAUAAUUUAUUAAACCAGUGGCGGAGG